AUGACGCUGGAUGUCUUUGAUUCACGGAACGAGAAGGUCGGUUCGGUCGAGGUCAGUGAUGACGUGUUCGGCGGCCGGCUGAACCGGGACAUCAUCUGGGAAUCGGUGGUGCAUGAGUCGGCCGAGGACCGUCGCGGCACGCAUGCCACGAAGACCCGCGGCCAGGUCCGAGGCACCGGCAAGAAGCCGUGGCGCCAGAAGGGCACCGGUCGCGCGCGGGUCGGCGAGAGCCGCAAUCCGUUGUGGCGUUCGGGCGGCACGGUCUUCGGUCCGCAGCCUCGGAGCUACGGGUAUCGCCUGCCGAAGAAGGUGGUUCGGGGUGGGUUGCGAGCGGCACUGACCGAGAAGUUCCGGGGCGGCGACGUCCUGGUGGUGGAACAGCUGGGUGUCGACGAGCCGCGUACGCGUCAGGCGGUCGAGCUGCUGCGGCGUCUCGACGUAGUGUCCAAGGCAGUGCUGGUCGACGUGCAGCCGGAUGCGAACCUUGGCGCUGGCCGUGCGCAAUAUCGGUGA